AUGAUAGAGGCUAGAGAUAAUAUAGAGCAAGAAAUAUGGUGGGAACCAAGGAGUGGAACUGCAAAUGUAUGGUUUGAUAACUGGACAAAGCUAGGGGCUCUAUAUCACAUCAUUCCAGAUGAUUUUAUGAUAAAUGAGCUUGUUCAAGAUGUAAAAGAACUUAUGUUGCAGGAUGGUUGUAAUACAGGAAGAUUGCAGCAGUUAUUCCCUAUGGAUAUUGUGGAUCAUAUAUUAGAAGAAUUGCACUUUCAUGAACCAAAAGAAGAGUGGGAUAGGCCAAGAUGGAUGAUGACAGCAUCAGGAAAAUUUACUGUAGGCACUGCAUGGGAAUUACUGAGGAGCAAAGUAGUCAAGUCAGAUGUCUUUAAGAACAUGUGGACAUCAGGGGUACCUUUUAAGAUAUCCUUCUUUUUCUGGAGGUUAUGGAAGUACAAAAUACCAGUUGGAGAGGUAGUAAGAAGGAUUGGGGUAGAUACUGAGGCAACCUGUUACUGCUGUGAUCAUAGGCAAUAUGAAACUGUGCAUUUGUUUGUUAUAGGAAAUGUUGCUACAAAAGUGUGGACUUAUGUUAAAACUGUUGUUGGCAUCACAACACAGUUUCAACAAGUCAGCCAGAUUCUUCAAGUCUGGUGGAAUGCAGAUUGCCCCUCAAAGUUCAGAACCAUCUUUAAAGCUAUACCAAUGGUCACUAUGUGGCAGAUAUGGAAGUGGAGGAAUACAGUCCUACAUGGAGGGAGGAUGUCCAUCAACAAAGUGAUUUAUGAGAUAACCAUGAUCAUAUAUCAAAUGUGUAGAAUGAGGUUUCCAGAGCAGAACAGCUUACCAAGAUGCAUACCUCAAAUUCUACAAGUCUUUGAAGCAUACAGGCCAAGAAUUGUAAGCAAGAUAGUGAAAUGGGAUUUUCCUAUGCCAGGAUGGUAUAAAUGUAAUUCUGAUGGAGCUUCUAGGGGAAAUCUUGAACCAAGAUCUGUGGCCUUUUGUAUUAGAAAUGCAGUGGGUGAUUUCCAGUAUGCAACAGCAAUAAGGAUAUCAGAUGGUUCAAAUUUGAUAGCAGAAGCAAGGGCAUUACAUGAGGGUCUUAAGUACUGUGUUACACACAGUCUGUUGCUAGUGGUGAUGGAAACAGACUCAAUGACUAUGAAGAUGAUCUUAACUGGUCAGUGGGAGACUCCAUGGAGUAUAUCAAUGAUCAUAAAUGAUAUUUCAAGGAAACUUGAGACAAUGGCAAACAAAGGUCAACAUCAAGGCAAGGAGAUAGCAGCUACAUCUGAACGAACAUGGAGGAAUUCUACUCCAUCCUGGAAGCCUGACUAUGUAUUCAUUUUGACUUUGAACCAUAGCACCUAG